CUUGUUUCUAGAGGGAUUCUUAAAACUACACACACGUCCUAAGACUCGCAGGGAGGCCGGAGCCGAUCCCAGAGAUUCCGGGCACCAGGCAGGGAACGUCCUAGGGCCCUGGAAAGGAGCACCAUGUGAUCAGAGCAGACACCAUGCUCAUCCUUAGAUCCGCAUCACGGCACUUCCUCGUCCCUAGAGGGCAGCUUCCUCAGGGAGCCUGUUCCCAUCCGAUCUCAGCCCAGCGCUGCCUCUGGACAGUGGAGACAGGAUCUGCAGUCACAAGUCCUCAGGAGAUACGUUGGCCCCGGGUGGCUUGCCGCCGACAACGGACAUGGCCGGCACAGCUAGCUGGGCUGUGGUCAGGGUCCAGCGACAGAAGGCGGUUUAGUCUGUCUGCAGCAGGGAUUGUGAACUCCGCCCCGUCAGCGGUUCAGCCGUACCUCAGACUCAUGAGGCUGGACAAGCCGAUCGGUACUUGGCUGCUGUACCUGCCCUGCACUUGGAGCAUUGGGUUGGCUGCAGGCCCUGGAUGCCUCCCAGACUUGGCGAUGUUGACGCUUUUCGGCACAGGGGCUGUGCUGAUGAGGGGGGCCGGGUGCACCAUCAAUGACAUGUGGGACAGAGACUUCGACAGAAAGGUGUCCAGGACGGCUGACCGGCCCAUUGCCUGCGGAGACGUCUCCCAGUUUCAGGCCCUCGUCUUCCUGGGGGGGCAGCUCACAGCUGCGCUUGGCGUCCUGCUCUGCCUUAAUUAUUACAGCAUAGCUCUUGGUGCGGCUUCGCUGUCGCUGGUGGUCACCUACCCCUUGAUGAAGAGGAUCACAUAUUGGCCCCAGCUGAUGCUGGGCCUUACCUUUAACUGGGGAGCCCUGCUGGGCUGGUCCGCAGUAACGGGCUCCUGUGAUUGGUCGGUAUGCCUGCCACUCUACUUCUCGGGCGUCAUGUGGACGCUGAUCUAUGACACCAUCUACGCCCAUCAGGACAAAGCCGAUGACGUGCUGGUGGGGGUCAAAUCCACAGCCUUACGCUUCCAGCAGAGGACCAAGCCGUGGCUGAGCGGCUUCUCCCUGGCCAUGCUGGGGGGGCUGGUCUUGGCUGGAGUCAACGCCCAGCAGUCGCUGCCCUACUACGCGGCCGUGUCAGUGGUGGCUGCACACCUAGCCAAUCAGAUUUACACUGUGGACAUCAAUAAGCCAGAUGACUGCUGGAAGAAAUUCGCAUCUAAUCGCAAUCUGGGACUCCUUCUGUUUUUAGGGAUUGUCGCUGGUAAUUUAUGGAAAGAAAGGGAUGGUGCUGCAUUAGAAAAAAUGGAGACUCCCAAAUAAAUUUUAUUUGUAAUUUGAA